AACCAAACUAAUUGAAGUCAUCUGCUUAAUACAUCUAAACCGACUCGAAAUAAAAAAGAAAUUAAAAAGCAGGGCGUUGCUAAUUAAAUUUAUUUCUUGUUCUGUUUUUCCGCCACAACACCACCUCAUAAUUCCUACGGGUUUUCCAUUUUCACCUCCCUGAAAAUUCUUCCCUCUCCCUCCUUUACUCUACUUCCUUUCUAAUUCCCCAUUCCCAUGGUGGCUGAACAAUCGCCAACCCAGAAUUCCUCAUCAACAAUUGAGGAAAACGGGGGUAAUUUAAACCCUGAUCCUUCCGAAACGACAAACGAGGCUACAAUCCAGUCAAAUGCGCCGGAACAGUCUGAAUCCUCCAUUAAAAACAUUGAAUCCUCCGAAAUCUCAACCGUGACUGAUCAUGCGAAGUCUCUGGAAUUCUCUGAUGAACUAAUGGAGAAAGGAAACUUGGCGUUUAAAGAAGGUGACUUCCCUGAAGCAGCGGAGUUGUUUAGUCGUGCCCUAGAAAUCAGGGUUGCUCAUUAUGGUGAGCUUGCACCUGAAUGCAUUAAAUCAUACUACAAAUAUGGUAUAGCAUUGCUGAACAAAGCACAGGAGGAGGCUGAUCCCUUGGGAGCUAUGCCUAAGAAGGAUGCAGAAUCUCGGCAAGGUUCUUUUAAGAGAGAAUCUGCAAAGAACUCUGUCGAUGCUGAAUCAUCUAUCGCCUCUGUAUCAAGUAAUGUUGAGCAUUCUGCAAGUUCAAAUCAGCAGCAGAGCACAGAUGACGUUCCCGACAAGGAUGAGGGAGAUGAAGAAAGCGAUACAGAGGAACUUGCUGAAGCAGAGGAGGAUGAAUCUGACUUGGACUUGGCUUGGAAAAUGCUUGAUCUUGCUAGGGCCAUAUCAGAAAAGCACUCUAGGGAGACAAUAGACAUGGUUGAUAUAUUGUCAGCUCUAGCUGAAGUUUCCCUUGAAAGAGAGGAUAUUGAGACAUCUCUCAGUGAUUAUGAGAAAGCGCUUACGAUCCUGGAGAGCGUGGUUGAACCAGACAGUCGUUACAUUGCUGAAUUAAACUUUCGCAUCUGCCUUUGCCUAGAGGUUGGCUCCAGGGCUCAAGAAGCCAUUCCAUAUUGUGAGAAGGCUAUAUACAUCUGUAAAUCAAGGAUGCAGCGCCUGUUAAAUGAACUGAAAGGCAUGCCUGGAUUGACUACCUCAGCUUCUUAUGAUUCAGGUGAAGGUCUCAGUCAUUCUUCCAUCGAGUCCAAAUCUGAAAAUUCUGCUUCUGAUAAACAAGCAGAGAUUCAAACACUAAAGACGCUCUCCAGUGAUCUAGAGAAGAAGCUUGAAGAUCUGCAGCAAUUGGUGUCAAACCCAACAUCUAUCCUGACCGAUAUACUGGGAUUGGCAGUAGCAAAAUCAAAGGCUAAUGAACAGGCCUCUGCUUCAGCAGGAGCAAGUUCAUCGCGUGUUGGUGUUGUCGCUGGCAAUGGAGAUUUUGGUUCACCCACAGUAUCCAGUGCUCACACUAAUGCAACCAGCGAAGUUACUCAUCUUGGUGUUUUGGGCAGGGGAGUCAAGCGUGUGAACAUGAACGCUGAAAAUGUAGAAUCAAGCGCUAGUAAACGUGUUGAUGUUAAACCUGACACAGGUGACAGUGGUGCUUGACCGGCUUCAGUCCCUUCAGAUAUCACUGCAAUAGGAUGGAUUAGAUACUUGUGAACUUCUCUCGCCCUAAUUGAACGGUGUUCUUCAUGCUUGUAUGACAUGGAUCUUGGAUAGUAGUUUGGCUUUGAUUCCUGAAAAUAAUAUGUUUGAGUGCCGGUUAUGUUAAUGUAUGCUGUAGUUCUGCAGCCUGAGGGUGAGGGUUGCUGUGUUGGUCUGUUGUUUGUUGCCUUUAUCAACUUCUCAUGUGCCUUUCAUUAUAAGGAUGGGGGAAGACGGGACUGUAUUUAGCCCGUUUAGGAGGUAGCUAAAGGUGGUGUAUCGUAAUGUAAACCCCUUUGCAACGCACAAUUGAUAUAUUUAGAGCUAAUUAAAAGUGUUUGCGGAUA